CCGGCAAGUGAUAAAGUCUCCAGUCCGUUCGUCAUGGUACGUGAGAGCAAAACUGCCACCACUAGUACAGGUGCGCCCAUCCCGCCCAACGGCCUCACGGCGUCGGCCACUGCCGGGCCUCGUGGUCCCAUGGUGCUCGAAGACUUCGCGUUUAUCGACCACAUGGCGCACUUUGACCGAGAGCGGAUCCCGGAGCGUGUGGUGCACGCCAAGGGAGGCGGCGCCUUCGGCUACUUCGAAGUGACGCACGCAGACAUUACCCAGUACUGCAGCGCUAAGCUCUUCAACCGCGUGGGCAAGCGUACACCCGUAGCUAUCCGUUUCUCGACCGUAGGAGGCGAACUGGGCAGCGCCGACACGGUGCGGGAUCCGCGUGGCUUCGCCAUCAAAUUCUACACGGAAGAAGGCAAUUGGGACCUUGUGGGCAACAACACGCCCAUCUUCUUUAUCCGCGACGCCAUCCUCUUCCCGAGCUUCAUCCACACGCAGAAGCGUCUACCCAACACGCACCUGAAAGACGACGACAUGAUGUGGGACUUUUUCUCCCUGCGUCCGGAGACACUGCACCAACAGAGCUUUUUGUUCUCCGACCGCGGCAUCCCUGACGGCUUCCGCUUCAUGAACGGAUACGGCAGCCACACGUUCGCCAAUGUAAACGCCCAGGGCGAGACCGUGUACGUCAAGUACCACUUCAAGACGGACCAAGGCAUUCGCAACAUGCCUGUAGACAAGGCAGCGGAACUCGCCAGCUCCGACCCGGACUACUCCAUCCGUGAUCUGUACGAGGCUAUUGCUAACAAGCAGUAUCCGUCCUGGACACUGUAUAUCCAGGUCAUGACCACCGAACAGGCGGCUAAAGAGAGCGUGAACCCAUUUGAUGUGACCAAAGUCUGGUCUCACAAGCAAUACCCGCUCAUUGAAGUGGGUCGACUUGUGCUUAACCGUAACCCGACCAACUAUUUCGCGGAGAUCGAGCAGAUCGCCUUCUCUCCGUCUCACAUGGUGCCGGGUAUCGAGCCAUCGCCUGAUAAAAUGCUACAGGGUCGUCUGUUCUCCUACCCGGACACUCAGCGUCAUCGUCUGGGUGUCAACUACAACCAGAUCCCAGUGAAUCGCCCACUGAAGGAGCCCCAAACGUACCAGCGUGAUGGCUUCAUGGCUGUCAAUGGCAAUAUGCACGACACGCCCAACUACUUCCCGAACAGUAAGAAUGGUCCACCUGAAGACACGACGCUGCGUUACCGGGCCUACGAGGGCGACCACGUUGUGGUGAACAAGUACUUAACCUACGACGACGAUAACUACUCGCAGGUGGGAGAAUUCUACCGCAAGAUCUUGGAUGCCGCGGAACGCGAACGACUUACGGACAAUGUCGCCGGUUCGCUGGUGAACGCGUCCAAGCCUGUUCAGGCACGUGCCAUUGCGAACUUCACUAAGUGUGACCCACACUACGGCCGCCGUGUGCAAGAGAAGGUAGACGCAUUGGCGCAGCAGAAGCAACGUGCUGUGCCCGAGUCGUUCCCAGCUCCGUCUAAGCUGAGCCCGCCUCGCAAGGCGUUCGUACCGGCACCACCGUCGGACGACGUGGCUCCGCGAUUGUAAGACUCUUGCCAGGUUGAAGUUCGUGUAACGUUAGCCAUUUCAGUGAUUGCAACGAACUGGGGGAUGAAUUACUACAGUACUUGACAGAAAAA